CAGCGCAUGCGACCGCGCGUGUUCAAUCGACCGAAUAAAUACGAACCAAUUAUGAUUUUUACGAACUUUUCUUAAUGAAAAGUGCGACCAAAGUGUAAUAAAACUUUUUCAGUGUUGUAGUAGUGUUGUGCCAUAUUACAUUUUUUUAUUCAUUUGAUUGUAGAGUGUUUUCAGUGCUGAAGUGACAGUUCAGUAAACAAGUGUGUUUGACCUUGCCGGCGUUAGAAUUUCGACGAAGAUAACUAGUGAUGUGCUGAUAUGCCGAUCGCAGCUAUUUCCCGUGAAUCUCCUCCUGCGUCUCCUCCUCUUCACACCACUUAUGAGGAGGCUCUUGCUACCGCUGAACCUGGAGAUACUAUAGCAACUACCAAAGAAGAGGAAUGGGUGACGAAGAAAAAGAGCGAAGUGACGACCACUCGUCAGAUCGCCACAAGAGUCAAACGCGAGUUGGUGUUGGAAGAUGGGAAGAUACUCAGCGACUCCGGGCCUAAGAUUUCCACGUCAGUGAAUGAGGAUACGCAUACUUCUAAUUAUCAGCAGACUGAGCAUCGGGUACCUGAUGAUCAAAAAGAAAAAGUUGAAAAUGACGCGGCUCUUGAAAGCGGACACGUUAUAGGUGCUAUUGGAGCACCUUAUGAUGAAAUCGAUAGUCUCCAAACUUUCGGUGGCGAAGUGGCUCCGGCGAAUGCGAAAGUACUCGUCUCAUCCCGCGUGGUGGCCAACCCGGAUGGCAAAGUGCGCGAGAGUCGCGACCGGAAGGUGCUCACGCGCAACGUCACUGACCGCGUGCUGGAAACCGAGGAGCGCUUCCACCGUGGCGAUACUACGCAUGAUGCGUUGAUCGCAGCUGUGAACGAAACCGCAGAGGAGGACAUUCGAGAUGCGCUAAAGGCUCAGACGGAUCAUCACCUGGCUUUAGUGCCGAGAGGACCUAAAGUUGUCAGGGACACAGUAGCGUACAACACUACUGUCAACACCGAUGAUACGGAAGAGCUUCGAGCCUUGCGUCCGGAUGGAACGCUCGUAACGGAGACCCGACAUACCAAGGAGCAAGAGCGAGUUUGUGACGAGGAGCUUUCUAAGGAAGAGGCCCGGUCGCUGGCGAGCGAUCAUAGCAUAGUGCGGGAGACGGGUGGCACUGAGCGGCGCAAGCGCGUGGAUCUCGAGCGCAGCACUGACCUCAUGGCGGGCGGCCUUCGCGUCGCUACACACGUGCACUCUAAGUCUAGAACAGAAGAAGUGGAGAGAGAAGGUCAGCCGAAAAUGGACGACAAUUGGGACAGCUUAUCAGUGAGAAUGCGACGGCAGCGCCGCCUACGGCUUAACGAGCACGACAAAGAUUACAUCAAGCGGCCCCUGGAUUUUGACGUCGAAGAAGAAACGCGCAAGAAAGAAACCUCCAAAUGGCUCGAAAGUCACUUCGGCAGUGAUUCCCGCUCAUCACACGACUCCAUUGCAGAAGAAAUAGGACGUCGACCGGAAACCACCUUCUAUGUCAAAAACAAAACUGCCGAGGACGAGGGAUAUUACGGAAAGACUUCAUCUUCCGUUCCACCGCCACCCGUUUAUGGAGAUAGGGUGCUUCGCAAGACAAAAUCUGCUUCGACCCCAACUGACGAACGACCGCCACCUCCUGUUAACAAAACAGGAGGGUACUUUAAAGGAGUGGCGGACUGGUCACAGAGGCGUGCUAGUAAACCGAAGAUGCCUGAACCACGUAGCUCAUCACCUUCGCCCCCAGCGGCACACUCCCCGUACGCCAGCAACGACCGCUUGAACGGAUCCUUGCCCAGACACGUUUACGGGAAGCGUGACUCGCCUCAGGGAAGGUCAUCGCCAAUCGGUCGUCGUCAUCCGCCCUCGCGCGACGACUCCGCCUACGUCUCUUCGUCUACAAUGCAUAGUCCGCCACGCGGAUCUCCAUUUCGGCCGCUAGAAACCGACCGCUCCUUCCGUGAGCCUUCGAUCGAAGACGACUACAGGCCCGUAGCCCCCGAACGCAAACGACACUUGAAGCAACGUCAAUCAGAAGAACACCGUUAUGACAGUGGCUAUAGGAGUUCCUCUCGAAAUGAGAAUUCGGGUCGUUCCCGUGAUAGCCAUGAAGAAGGAGCUACUGAACCUCCUCCAGAUUACUCUCCGCCGAGGGAACGUCGGGGCAGUUCGGACAGAGACCGCACUCCGCCUCGUCGUCGAGACCGUGAUGAACGUAAACAAAAUCAAAAGACACGUUUCGCUGAUAAUAGUCGGCGUCCUUCACCUGCUCGCAAGUCGAUGGGCACUGCAAUCGGGAACUCGAUAAGGAAGUUAGUGGGCAAGAUUCGCUCGGCGUCGGCAGAGCGGAGGGCGCGGUGGCGCAACUCGCGGUCGCCGUCACCGGCGGAGCACUCGUCGCGCACGUACAAGCAAUACAGCGGCGAGAUCGCGCCCCCCAACGCGCCACCGCACCGCUACUACCUCGGAGAGGACCCUUUCGCGCCCAGCAUCUACGGUCGCGAGCACAAGUACGAGGGCAGUUCGAGACGCGCCGCCGCUGCCGACGCCCGCGAUCACCGUGACCGGGGUCAGUUCUCAAGCACACUCGGUCGGUUCAGUCACUCGACAAGUCGAUUGAAUCCGAACAGUGAACCCGAAGAGGACUACACACGUAGCGCGCAGACACUGCCGAGAAAAUUACACGACCGGAAGGAAAAACCCACCGAAAAACCAAGCUCCAACAAAUACUGGCAUCGCCUUACACCGAGCAAACGAUCCACCAGCGCUAAUAACAUCUCUACCCACGUUUCAACCUCUCCUGAAGGGAACGUAAACGGCUACCCGCCUGGACCAGCCAAGCCGGCGCGGACAUACAAAGCUCUGAACAGGAGCAAAAGUUUUGCUAUGGGAGCUCCUGAACAGGAGACACAGCCACGCUACAUUUCCGGUAUGAGCCGUCAUUACUCCACCAUGUAUAAAUCUAACCCCCACUUGAGUCGCUUGGAUGAAACACCAGAACAAUUGAAGAGUCCGGGUAUUGUGUCGAUCAUAAACCGUAGUCAAAGAGAUCUUGCUGAUGCUGUCUCACGAGAGACCGAACGCAGACGUGAUGGACUAUUUGGUGCAAGGUAUGGCAAAACUACAUCGCUGAGUAACGGCCAUACAAACGGAUAUAAUAAGUCAUUUGAUGACACAGAUAAGAAGAAAUUAUUUCUUAAGGGACUGCGUGAACGUGCACCGGAUCUGUAUAACACUCUACAUGCUGACGAUGAAUCUGACGGUAGUAGAUUAUCUUCUCGUUACGGCACACCGUCACCGCUCUACAAAGAAAGAAUAUCUGAGGAGCGUAAAAUUCCGUUGUAUAAAACUGAUUCUUUGAACAGAGAAACGAGCCCAUUUGUGUCACGUUUGGAGCCAAGGCUUAAGUCACCCGCCAUUCGCCGUGGAAGCAACAGUAGCGAUAAUUAUUCUGAAACAUUCAGAUAUACGACACGGUCAGGUGAUCCAGAGCGGCCCAGUGUAACUGACACCGUUGAAACUGUAAGUAAGAAAGUCCUACCAACUAGAGACGGUCGUGGUAAAGAAAUAAUUGAAUCAAGAGAAGUUAACUCAGUGACAAAAAGUAGGGGUGGUUACAAAGAACCAUUGACAAGUGCCAAAUAUUUCGAUAACGGAAUACGCGCGACACCUCUCGGUUACGAAUCAAGAAAUGGUUACACAGAACGAAGAAGUAGUAACUAUAAAGUAAUGGAAAAAAUUAGAGAUUAUUGAUUAACUGUCAAAAGAAAAAAACAUAAUUAAUCUGCCAUAUUUUUCGAGUAUAUUUCAUGAAUCGAAGAGUCAACCGCAGACUGAACC